CCCGUCUUGUUACUUUUCAUCUUCGCAUAGCAUAUUUAAUUCGUAGCCGAUGGCUCGGCGGCGUGGAGCUGAGAGCGCCCGCUGGUCGAGUCGGAUUUGACGUUUAGGAUAGCCCUUAGUCAACAACCUUAAGUGGUUUCUGCUGCUAUCAAUACAUACAGCGAGGAUAUGGGGCAAGGUAGUCACACGCGGUCCCCGCGACUGUUGACGCGACUCUAAGCCAUGGGUCGUUUCCAGGCAUCCAAAUCUUAUGGUGACUACUUUGGAAAGGGGAAGGCUGUAAAGAAGCCCGAGCCGCGGAAGGAGUCCAACUCGCCCGCGCAGCGCCGUCCCGAAGGAGGUCAGCAUGUCCGCAUCAAGUCGGACGAUGGGGAGGGCUCUGGAAGCGGAGGCGGAGGCUUCCGCAAACUUUUGUCUAAGCUUGCGCCCAGCUUCGGCCGGUCAGUCUCCAAGCGCACGGACAUGCCGCCGUCCAGCCGCGGCAGCUCAGGCGACGGCAGCGCCGGCAAGCCAGCUUCCCGCGCAGCCAGCAGCUUUGUGAACGCCUGGCGUUCCUGCGCGACUCCUGCGGACGUGCUCCGACUGGACCAGAGCCAGACGGGCGGGGCCCCGUCGUCCCGGCGCUCCCGCUCGCGCACGCUACGGCGGGCGCAGUCCUGGGAGUCACAGGCCACUGACACUAUGAGCGCGCCGCGUAGCCGAGCUCACAGCAGCACGGGUGACAGGUCAGAAACAGGUGACGGAGUAGAGGACGACGGCGAGCACGAGGAGCGGCGGGGGUUUGGCAGGCACAGCGGCGCUGGUGGCGGCGAGCGCUCGACAGCGUAUCUUCGCCGCGCCGUCAGCCAGGGCGACGAGCUGAGGGCGCGGCGGACAGGGGCGCACGGGCUUGCGGGCGAGGCCGAGGACGCGGAAGGCGCGCCGAGUGGGCAGCAGCGGCGGCUGCAGCAUCAGCAGAGCGCCCGUACAGCUGUCGGUGGCACCGGCCACUCUGGGCCCGCGAGUGACGAGAGCGACUUGGAGGGUCUGAGCGAGGAAAAACGCAAGGCGCGACUGCUGGAGCGCGAGCGUGCGCGCAUUCAUGACCGCCUGCGCGCCAAGCUGGGACUGUUGAUGCAUGCGCAGGGGCAGCAAUACAACGUGGCGGGGCUGCCUGUACAGCAGGCUGAGCGACAGCAGCAACAGCAGCGACAGCAACAGCAGCAGCAACCGCAGCAGCAUUUGGCGUUGCGUCGCGUACAAGCGGUGGAGAAGUCGCCCUGGCACGGAGACUAUUCCGUGGGCUCGCCACACAGCAGCAGCGGGCACGCACACGUCGCGAGCGUGGUGGCGCCGCAUGAUUACGCCGCUGGCGGCGCAGCGGCCGUUGACGGCAAUGACGAGUACCUGACGGCGGAGGAGGUUGCGGAACAGGAGCAGCGGCAGAAGGUGGUGCACCGGUGGCUUUACUCGGUGGCCGCCGUGCAGGACCAGCUAGGCGCACAGCGCGGCGCUGCUGCCCUGGGCCCCGGAAUGUUGGAGGAGACACCUCGCAUGAAGUUUGAAGCGGCAUUGGCGGCAGCGCAGGAGCGCGAGCAGCAGCAGCAACAGCAGCGGCACGUGCAUGCGCAGGUGUCGGUGCGCACGCGCGGGGAUGAGGAGCAGGCGCUGGCGGCAGCGCACGAGCAGCAGCGCGUCGAGUACGGGCGGCAGUUGGGGGUGUCGGCGGCGCUGGCACAGGGACAGCAGAACCGCCAGGCGCGGGAACAGCUGCAGGUGGAGUGGGAAGAGCAGCAGCGUCUGCGGGCCGAGGACCAGCGCAGUCGGGGUUGGGAAGCAGAGGAGCGGCAGCUGGUCGCAGCUGCAUCCGAUGUGACGGCAGCGCGGCAGAUUCUCGGCGAGCAGAUGGCAAUGCUUGACUCCGUGCAGCCCCGGUCGCGGGAGGAGCAGCUGGAGCUCCAGCGGCACAGGCUGCAGCUGACGCAGCAGCAGCUGGAGCUGGAGAAGGAGGGCCAGCGCGUGGCGGAGCGGCAGCGGCUGCUGGGGGCCGAGGUGCGGCUGUACCGGGAGGAGCAGAGGCUGCUGGAGCUGCACCGCCAAGCAGAGGCAGAGGCGCGGCGCGUGGCGCAGGCGGCUGCGGAGGAGGCGGCGCGGCAGGAGGAGCUGCGCCUGAAGCAGGCGGAGGCAGAGGAGCGCGCGCGGCGGGAGGCAGAGGAGCGGGAGGCGGCCAACGCGCGGCGCCUGCAGGCGGAGCUGGAGGCGCAGCUGCAGGCACUGCCGCCGCUGCUGCGGCCGGCAGCGCUGCAACAGCAGCAAAAGCCAUCGCGCCUAGAGUACGAGCCAGUGCGAGCGCCGUCAAAACCGGUGGGGCCACCAUCGCAGCCGCCGCCAGCACCGGCUCUGCAACAGCCGCCGGCACCACCACCUCCAUCGGCAACUGAACAGAGCCGGCUUGACUAUGUGCCGCAGCAAGUGGCUCGCGUCCCACGGCGGCAGGUAUCAUGCGUACGCCAGCAACUGUUGCCUGGGGCGCAGUUACAGCAACAGCAGCAGCAAGCAGAGCAGGUUCCCGAGGCCGCCUCCUCCGCGCAGGCAGAGACUGCAGCAUGGGCUGAGGUGGCAGCGCGAGCUGCUGAAGAAAUCGCUGCGAAGGCCGCAGCGGAGGCACACGCUGCUGCAGAGUUGCGGGCUGCCAAGGAGGCAGCCGCCCAAGCCGCCGCCGAGAUCCGGGCAACCGAAGAGGCAAGGGCCGCGGCUGAACUAAAGGCGGCGGCGCAGGCCAAAGCUGCAGCGGAGGCUAAGGCAGCUGCAGAGGCCAAGGCGGCAGCAGAAGCAAAAGCAGCUGCAGAAGCCAAGGCAGCGGCCGAGGCGAAAACAACAGCAGAGGUAAAAGCGGCACCCGAGGCGAAAGCAGUUGCAGAAGCCAAGGCAGUGGCCGAGGUGAAAGCAGCAGCGGAGGCAAAGGCCGCAGCGGAGGCUGCUGUCGCAGCCGCAGCCGCAGCAGCUUCUGCCACUCCUGCCUCCGCCUUGGCGCGCCGGCGUGACCCAUCAGACCCUGGCAACGGCCUACAGCGUGAGGUUUCGCCUGCCUCACAGAUGACGGGCGCCUCAGCCCCGUCGGCCACGGGCCAGCCGGCGCCAGAGGCUGGGGCGCCGGCACCGUCCCGCGAGCUGCGCGUGUCGUUGUCCAUGCCGCAGCACUUCAUUUCAGCAUCAGAACCGCAUCCGCAGGCCAAGGUGGCCAACGCCAAAGCAGCAGCAGCCGCACCCGACAAUGACCUGACGCGGCUGCCGUCCUGGGCCGACAACUAUCCCGCCGCCAGUGCCAAGGCACCGCUGCCCCUCGAUCGGGCCGCCCGGCCAGCCGCCAAGCGCCCCUCGGAUAACCAAGACCCUGACCCCGACAGUGACCUGAUUCGCCUUCCCUCCUGGGCAGACGACUUCCCCUCCCGCCCAACGACAGCCGCGGCAGCGCCGCACAGGCCGCCGCAAGCGCAGCAGCUACAGCAACACAAGUCCAACGUGACACGCGUGUCGGAGGCGGAGCUGGCGCUCAUCGGCGACGAACUGCUCGACAUGUUCGCCGCUCCCGAUGGCACCAAGCGACGUGCCAGCAUCAAGCGGGACACGCUCUCACCGGCAGUCUCCGCGUCCGCAGACGCGGCGCCUGUGCUCCAGGCCGUAGCAGUGCUCGCGGGUGCAGGCGGGGCGAGCGCUGGCCCAGUGCUGCGGCAUGCCGGCGCAAGCGAAAGUCACGUGCGCUGGUCAAUGCCAAACGUGUCGAGGGCGCCGGCACAGCCACAGCCACAGCCACAGCCCCCGUCAGCGCCGCCGCCACCAAAACGUGAACGCUCAAUACGCUUCGGUGGCGCAUCCGUGCGCACGCUUGAGCCCGAGCCUACCGACACCGCUGCGGACGGCGCCACCGCUGCGGAUGGCACCGCCCCUGGUAUGCCGCCGGCGCUCACUGACGCGGCUGCGAGCUUCGCCUCUGCCCGCUCGGCGCACUCCUUUGCCUCUGGCCUUAGCCAACCUGGCGAGGGCGGGUCACACUCUGGCAGUGUCCGGCGCACAGAGCUGCUUCGGGCGGCCUCCAACACGGCCUCCACGCUGCGAGACACCCUGAAGCGCAUUCGCACCAUGGGCAGCAACAACUCAUCGCAGGGGCCUUCCAACGUUGGCACACCCGUCCGAGCAGCCGCUGACGGAGACGAUGACGGCGGGGCAGAUGACCUAGACGAGGAGUGGGCGGACCUUGAGCGGACACUCAAGGCGCGCAGCCAGCGGGCGUCGGUGACGGCCAGAACCGGCGACGGCUUGGAUAUGGCAGGGGUCGCGGCAGCGCUGGCGCAGGAGCAGGCGGGACAGCGUGCACCACUCGUUCCUCCCGCGUCGCUGGUGGCCCUGUCGCCUGUCAGGCCGGCGGCCGUGCCUGCCGUCAGCAAGCUUGCUGUCGCUUUCGUUGCCGUCGCGCCCAACUCCCCAGCCGCGCCUCUGGCGCGCACGGACUCUGGGCCCGUUGCGCCCAACCUGCGACGCAUCAGCAACUCGGGCGCUGGCAACAGCCCGCUCGCAUCGCGCCCUCAGGCGCGCGCCUCGCAUGCAGGCAGCACGGCCAGCCCUGCGACCCCCACGGCGCCGCCGCCGUGGCGCACGUCCGGGCUUGGCGGAGCCACAUUCAACAAUUCGAACGGCGCGGCGAGUAGUCCUGCCUCCGGUCCUACGGCGGGGCCUGCACCUGCACCACGGCUUAGCAACGGUGGCAAUGCAGUUGGAGCUGCCGGGGGCAGCGUCAGCGGCAGCCUGAUGCCUUCGCGCCUACGCUUUGACGCAGACAACAAGGCAGAUGUCAGCAGUGGCAAAGCCGGGGGUGGCAUGAGCCCAACGCCGAUGGCUCCGCGAUGGCGAGAUAUGAUGCGGCUUGCGACAGAUGCGCUGCAGGCUUCUGUUGCCGACGGUGUUGUGCCAGGCCCGGCGGGUAGCGCCGCCGCUGCAGGCGGCGACGGCAGCGGAGGUGGAGGUGGCAAUGCGUCGUCAGCGACAGCCCUUGCCUGGCGCUCACGCCUAGUAAAGUCUUCUCGCGCGCUUCUUGGAGCAAGCGAAUCCGUGAGCGAGUCGCUGCCAAUGGGAAGUAAGUUGUCGCAGUCGGGAGAGCGGUCGAGCACACCGCCGGCACGGCUUACCGGCGGCCGGCGCGCCACCACGGACGGCGCUGGCAACGGCGCAGACGCGGGAGACAACGGCGGUGAUUUGCUGGGGCUGUUGGGAGCCGGAGCAAACAGCAGUGGCGGCGGCACGGGUGGGGCUGGCUUGGCGCGCGCUGGCCGGCGUGCAGUGCCGGGCGGCAGUCCGCUCAACCCCACGCCACCGCCGCCCCGGCGUGGCACACUGGUCACUCGGUUUAGCGAGAACGGAUUAGUUGCGGGCGCACAGCAGGUGUCGCUGACAGGUGGCAUGGCCGGUUUGAGCGCUUUACCUGGCGGCUCGUCAGGUGCAGCACCAUCGGCUGCUGCAGCCGCUGCGGCCGGGCGCGUGCGUUGGGCUGCCGCCAUGCCUCUGCAGUCGCAGGGGCUACAGGGCCUUGUGUCCGUGCCUGUCAGCGGCAACAGCUUCGUCGGGUUGCAGGGCUUGGAUGCUGAGAAGCGCCGCCACAUAAGCGAAACCGGCGUUGCCGGCGCCAACGGCUCUGGGCAAGGCAGCGCGUAUGCCAGCCCCGCCGGCAGCGGGGCCGCGUUGCUCAAGCUGCGCUUUGGCGCUGCCGGUGCGAUGGCGGUUGUGAGCGGCAGCGGGGGCGGAGCCGCCUCCAACGGCGGGCACAGCAGUCAAAAUGGUUCGGGGGCUGUGCCAACACCCUACGCAUCCAUCCUGAACGAACUCCAGCAGGUUGGCAGCAAUGGCGGCUAUGGCAGCGAUGGCGGCUAUGCGAGCGGUCUGGCGUCUGGGCCAAACUCGGGGUCUACCCCGCGCUUUGUAGGGACCACCGCCGCACCAGCACGCCGGUUGGGGGAGAAGCUAGCACGCAGCUUCGGUGCGACUGUGCAUGCCAACCUGGCGGCGGCUGCCGCAGCGGAGGCAGGCAGCGGAGGCAACUCCAGUGGCGGCGGUGCACCUAAGCGUGUGUCGUUGAACGGGGCCUAUUAGUUGUGUGCACGACCCAGCAUACUUUUAUUAAUCAAUUCAGGCUGCAAGAAAUGGCUUGUGGAUUGAUUCCGUGUGAAGCGUACACGUUUACAACCACCGUGAUAUUGCUGUGUAUUGUUGCAAUUGUCGUCUGGCAGGUAACGAUUGUAUAUAGCCGAGUACUGGCAAACGUGGUGGCCUGCAAAGUCGGCGCGCAAAUAUUUGCUGCAGACAUGCGUGCAAUACACGCGUUGGCGGGGACUGGAGUUCACAAACACGCAUGUGCAGGCCAACUCGUGGGUCAGAUGUUAUUGGCGGCAUAGCGUAUCAUGAUUUCGCAGCAGUUUCUGCCGCAAUUUACCGGAAACCCUGCAUAGCGCAGUUGGGUGUGCAAUGGGACAGGGGUAAGGCAGGUUGGUGAAGUCCCGUAGGGUGCAGCUGAUUCCCAGACCCCAGCAAAUGGCAGACAAUUUGCAACGGCAGGGCUGGAGUGCGCAGCUGGUUGAGCGCAGUUGGAUGCAUCAAUUGCAGCGUAACUGGCCUGGCGGUGCCUCGGCAAGUAGAUUCCGGGAGAUGAGGUAGACAUUCAACCUAGUCGAUGGCUGUGGUGUGGGCUCAGCCCCCUUUCUCAAGAGGAAACCCACCUUCCCCAAGUCACUUCUCCAGCCCCGUCACCAUGGAAACGUCUAUACCAU